UUCCUACGCAUACAACACUACAGCGUUCGCUCUAUCCGUACCAUACUAUGGCAUGGAUGGACUUGGAAGUGGCUACAGUUUUGGACAUAGUGACCUGGAGUUCCCUUCCCCUGAUGGCCAGCUGUCCGGACAUGGAGGGGGAAUUUCCAACUUUGCCUCCUCCCUACACCUAAGUUACCCACACAUCCAACAUGGAGGAGCAGCACUAAGAGACUCCGGCUACUCUACCCCAGGGCUCAAUGGAAGGAGCUCCCACGGGGUCAACACAUUCCAUAUGCCUAGAUUUCCCAUGAGUGUGGCUCCAGAAACAGCUAUUCAAGCGGUUCCUGGUAUUCCAGCUCCAGAUUUCAGUCACAUUAUUCCACGCCAUCAUCUUGUGUCCCCCCAUACUCCUUCCCCUUCAUUGCCUCACAUAUCAAGCUUUGGUGAAUCUGUGUAUUUGUCAUCUGACCGUACCACAGUACCGCAAACAUCAGUUUCCCAUAGUGAUAAUGACCACUCAUCUUUUGGUUCAAUCAUGGCAUCUGCCGUCUCAAAUAUUUCCACAAUGAACAUUCCACUGCAGCCCUAUGAAACCCAGCUGACUGGCACACACACAGAAUCUCAGGUGUCAGAUUUGACCCUCCCCAGACUUCGGGAGAGCUCCACCUAUAACUCUGUAAUGACUAACACAUCGCAAUCUCAGGCUUUUCUUGACUUUCCAUCAAGCACCUCAAGUGAGACCGAAUCACGUAACUCUGAAGCUGUUCAGGCCGUAUCUUCCCUGGCAUCAUUCCCACAGCCUCUACUACCCCAAUCAUUCCAGGGACAAGUGAACUCCACACAACCUCCAUCCUCCUCCUCUUACCCAGUUGUGAGGAACAUGUUACCAGAGCAACCAGUAUUACUUCCGAGACCAACCAACACUCAGACCCUGCCAAUGGAAAACCUGGAUGGUGAUCAGCAAGUUCCAAAUGCAGUUAUGUCCCCUGCAUCAGGCUGUUCCUCACCAAAUAUUCGAAACCCUUCUACCCAAGACAACAGGCCCCUAAGUUUACUACAUCAGACAUCAACGGUCACCCAUGACAGUCUCCAACUGCAAGUGGCACAGACAGACAAUAUGGCAACUCUUCAGAAUGAGACCAGCUUUGCAAAUUCAACAUAUCUAGGUGGUGAACUUUGUACUGAUGAUAAAUUUGUUGUGGCUUCAGAACCAACCAAGUGUUCAAGUCCAGAAUCAUUUGAUAACCAAACGCCAAAGAGUGCAGCUAAUAAUCAUGACAAUAGUGUGCAUCCAGUUGCUAGCAGUAGUAGAACAGAGACAAGUACAUGUUACCAGCCUGGACAGAGACGGAGCCCAAGGAGGAGUAGUUCAAGGCUGAUGGAUAGACGUAGCUGUACAAAAACACAUACAUCGUCAGACAGUAGGACCGAUCAUCUACAGGUUUCCCUUGAUCAAGUUGAUUUAACAGAAAACGAUGACAUGAAAGAGAGAGAACAAGAUCAAUCCCCAGCUAAAGGGAUAAAGAGACUGGAAUAUGUUGGGCAUGAAAAAGAAUCCCAGGAAAUUGUUUCAGACCAUAGGUUAUCUGUGAAUUCUACAAGUACUGUAGGUAGAAAUCUUGUGUCUUUCUUCAAACUUGGAAAGUUGUGGAGAAAGCCAAGGAGGUCUAGACUAAAAGUUCCCCCACCACUGGACCUAUCUGUGUCAUCAGAAGAAGCUGAGGAUCUGGAGGAAGAGGAGGAGGAGGAGGAGUACCCGUAUGAAUCUCUAGCCCAGGAUCAGGAUGAGUCUUUGGUAAAAGAGGAGGAACAGUCUCCUGGGAUAACAAAGGAAGAUAGAGACCAACAACAGUUCAUCAGGAUGUCUCAGCCAGUCUUCAGUAGGAACAGUGAACAGGACACCCAGGACCUGACAGACUCGCACCUCGACAGGAGUCAGCAGUUUAUGGACAAUCAUGUCUUAGAAGGUGAAGGAAAAGUAAGUCGAAGGAAAACAAGGAGAUCAUUUAUCUAUCAUACUGAGGAAUCUAAAGCUGGCAGUGCUGAUAAGAGUAAUAAAAAACCAAAUCUCAGUGAGGACUAUUUAAGUAAGUGUACUGAGGAAAUUGUGGCUGCUGCUAUGGGUGAUCUCCCCUUAGAAAACCAUGAAAAAAGAAGAUUCAACACCAAAUCAAAUCCAUUUGCAAUCACCUCCCCUAGCUUUGGAACCUCGGCAGCUCGUGCUGUCAUGACAACCUCGGUGGCUAACAAUGCUACUGUGAUCACCAUUUCUAUCAUGGGGAAGGGUAAUGCCAAGAAAGGCCAAACCAAGACCAUCAACAUCAAUAAGGGAGUCAUUAUGUCCACCAGUUUUCAGGAUCGGCCAGUCAGGAAUAGGGAAGGGGUUGAAGAGGAAGACAAAUCAGAGGUAGGGAUGCAAACAACUUCAAUCAUGUCAAGGUUAAAACGAGAGAAGGAAGAUCAGGGUGGACAGGAUGAUGACAGCGAUGUGGUCGAGACCAUGGAGGUGAAUGUUCGCAUUGACGAUUCACAGCUUGUACAGCAUGGAGAACAUAAACGGUGGCAGUGCCACCUGUGUGAGAAAUCAUACACUACAAAGCAUAACCUGGUGGCACACAUCCUAGACCACAACAACAUCAAACCACACCUCUGUAUGGUGUGUGGAAAGUACUUCAAGCAGCUGAGCCACCUAAAUACCCAUAUGCUCACCCACGACAACAUCCGACCACACAAGUGUGAUGUCUGUGGGAAGGGAUUCACCCAGAUCAGCCACCUGAAGCGACACACUGCAGUGCACUUGGACAGCAAGCCUUACAAAUGUGACAUGUGUAGCCGUGGUUUUGCAUACCCGAGUGAGCUGAAGGCACACAAGGAGAAGCACAUGCAAGGUCAUGAUAAAUGCGACGAGUGUGGGAUGGAGUUUGAGAGUCCUCGCGCCCUCAAACUUCACCAGCUCAAACAUGACAACCGGGAGGACCUCAUAUGUAAAUACUGUGACAAAGCAUUCCGCUACCCGAGCCAACUCAAGGACCACUUGGUGUCACACGAGGGCAUGCGUCCUUUUAUCUGCGCAGAGUGUGGCAUGGACUUCAUGAAGGAGCACCAUUUGAAGGCCCAUCAGUUCACACACACUGGCCAGCGUCCUUUUGACUGUCCUAAGUGUGGGCGUACCUUCAACCAGCGGGCCAACAUGAUGCGUCACAUGCUCAUCCACAACCCCACUAGGGCGUUUCGCUGUGACGUGUGUGGCAAGACGUUUACACAACCCCAAACACUGAAGGCGCACAGAGUGGUCCACGCUGACAUCAAACCUCACAAGUGUAAAAUAUGUGGCAAGCAGUUUGGCCGUCUACACAAUCUGCAGGGACAUAUACACAUGCACAAUAACAGUAAACCCUACGUCUGUUUCUGUGGCAGCUCUUUUACUCUUAAAGGUAACCUGAACCGUCAUAAGAAGGUGAAGCAUGGCCUCAGUGAGAGUACGGAGAGUCUUGAGGAGGAGGCUGUGAGUUUCCUCAGCAGUCUGUCAGGUCGUACUCAGGUCGAUGAGGUUGAUACCUUCCUUGACUACACUGACUUUGAACAGGAUGUAGAACAGAUUGCAUCAACCUCUGACCUACGAACUCCACGUAAGGGUCGUAAGUCUGUCAUUCCUCGUAAGAUCCUGCGACGCAGGUCAUCAGCCAAUAGGAAAGAGAAUGAGGAGACUGACCAGGAAGAUGAUGUGGAGGAAGACGACUACGAGGAGGAAGAUGAGGAUGGUGAGGGUCAGGGACACUAUGCUGGAGAAACCGUCUCAGGUAUUUUUGGUGAUAUCAAAAAGGAACAGGACCAACAAUGUUCUACUGCAAAUCAAAAGAGCGAAAAUCAGCAAAUAUCUCUCCGUAAACGUAAAUUACAGAACAGCAGUGCUAAGAUGGAGGAAAAUCGUGCGGAGUUGUCUAGUGAGAUGAGUGAAGGACAGGACAAUGAGGAUGUUAGUGACACAGAGUGGAGGCCUGCCUCUAAACAGGGCCGGACAGGAAAGGGGGCGAAACUAGACUCAAUCAUCGCACAGAAGUUCAAAAACGUGUGAUAGUAUAGGCUCUGUAUGUAUGUGAUAAUUGUUAAUGUUAGACUAUGAUCAUGUUUAGUGUGCUUUCUAAACACUUAACAGUUGAGAUCUCCAAAGUUUCCAUAUAUUACUCAACAUGUCAGCAAAUAUUGAAUUAUUUGAUCGAUCCCAUUCUAUAAACAGGUAGUGUCAUUAUGUAACUUAUAGAUUAUCAGUCAUAAUGGUGCAUCUUCUCCUUGAUAUACAGCCAUGCUGAAAAGCUUGACCCAUGGGAGAUUAUUGUCAUUCCCGUUGGGUCAGCAGGACCCUUUGGGCUUUCUAAUGGAACUCAUCAUUGUUAAAGACAAUGCUAUCUCUCAAAGUGAUAUUGAAAGACCAUUUAAAACCAUUCAUGUGGAAAAAGUCCAGAAAGUAUAGCUUGGUGUUAAAAUAUCUUUAAGAUUUGUAAGUUAUUCUAUAAUCUGAUAGAAUUGUAUCUGUAUGUCCUAUAUUAUAGGUGAGUUUGAUCAAAAGAUUUGUUAAUAUGUAAAAAUGAUCUCUUGUUAUGUUAUCUCCGUUUAGAGAUUUGGUUUCUCACACAAAUAACUGAACACUCUUCUAUCGCAAAAAUAGAUCUGGUGCUUUUCCCUGUCAUUAUGACGCCACAAGUACAUUUUUGAUUAGCUGAUGAAGUUUAUAAAUAGUGUAGGAGAUUUGUAAGUAUCUAAUAGCUAUAGCUCUAUCAGACUUGUAAGUAUCUUAUUGCUAUAGCUAUAUUAGACUUGUAAGUAUCUAAUAGCUAUAGCUCUCUAUCAGACUUGUCAGUAUCUAAUAGCUAUAGCUCUAUCAGACUUGUAAGUAUCUUAUUGCUAUAGCUAUAUUAGACUUGUAAGUAUCUAAUAGCUAUAGCUCUCUAUCAGACUUGUAAUAUCUAAUAGCUAUAGCUAUAGAUCUAUCAGACUUGUAAGUAUCUAAUAGCUAUAGCUCCCUAUCAGACUUGUAAGUAUCUAAUAGCUAUAGCUCUAGAUCUAUCAGAUUUGUAAGUAUCUAAUAGAUAUAGCUCUCUAUCAGAUUUGUAAGUAUCUAUUAGCUAUAGCUCUCUAUCAGACUUGUAAGUAUCUAAUAUCUAUAGCUCUAUAUCAGAUUUGUGAGUAUCUAAUAGCUAUAGCUCUAGGUCUAUCAGAUUUGUAAGUAUCUAAUAGCGCUAGCUCUAUCAGACU